AGCGGCAGUUGUUGAUAUAUAUUAAAUAAAACUAGAUGAUGAGAUGGAGUCAGUGCUGUUGAAAGUGAUAUGGUAUUUAGUUCACUUAAUUGUGAAUUUAUUCGAGACAAUUUAUUAUUUCGGCUUAGAAUUUCGAGAAAAUUUUCAUAAUUUCAUUACAAAUAUCACAAAAGAUAAGCCAAGCAGCACAAAAGAGAGUGAAUUACAGCUGAUUGAGAGUAGUGUACAGGAUUUGGAGAAAAUACCUAAGCAUAUAAUUGUCAUAUUGAAUAUAAAUAAUGAAAAAGACGUGGACCUAUCACAGCUUACAAAUUUAAUUUAUUGGUCAAUGAAUAGUGGAGUAAACUUCAUUAGCUUCUAUGAUUAUAAAGGCAUUGUUAAGCACCAACUCGCAUCAUCAUUACAUCACAUAAUCAGCAAAAAGCUCAACAUAAGUGACAAUGAAAACAUUGUAUGGGGGCCGAAUUAUUUAAAGGGUUCCAAUUCUGAUGGAGUCAAAUUUCCACAUAGAAACGGAUACAGGAGGCAUAUAGUUAUCAAUUUAUACUCAUCUGAUGAUGGUUAUGGCAAGUUCAAUGAACUACUUACAGACGAAUUAUACAAAAAGGCAACCAAUUUUGGUGAUGAUGAAACUCUCAAUAGUAGGAAUAUAACGAUAGAUAAAGUUGAUAGGAAAUUGAGUAAAUUAUUUGGAAACAUACCAGAUCCAGAAUUAGCUAUAUACUUUGGAAAUAUUACUUGUACAGCUGGUGUUUUACCGUGGCAUAUAAGACUUACAGAAUUCAUACAAAUAGCCUAUAAGCAACAUCACUUAUCACUUGAUAAAUAUCUACGAGUGCUGCAUAAAUACGCACGAUGUGAGCAGCGUUUUGGAAAGUGAAUUUUAUUACUUUUUAUCGUAGCGCGUAAUCAUUUUAAAGGAAGAAAGUCCUUCUGUUAUUUGAGAAACUAUUAAUUUUACGUGUGCUUUGCGUGAAUGUCCAAGUAAACAAAUUUUUAUGAAUUAAUUAUUUAAUAUGAAGUAUUCUUAAUAGAUCCUCACGUUAAUUUGAGGGUAAAGACGAUUUAUGAACGAAUCAAUUUCCAGAUAUGCUGUUAAAACCUAUGAAUAAAAUGAUAAUCAAUGAAAACUGUCGAA